GCCCUCCCGGGCCCGGCGCUGCUGGGGGAGGGCUGGCGCUAUAAAGGCUGCGGGAGCGAGCGGAGCUGAGAGCGGCGGCGGCGCUGCGGGAUCCGCGCUGCUCCGGGACCAUGGCUAAGCGGGUGGCCGUGGUGCUGGCGGGCUGCGGGGUGUUCGACGGCAGCGAGAUCCACGAGGCCUCGGCGGUGCUGGUGCAUCUCAGCCGGGAGGGCGCUCAGGCUGAGGUUUAUGCUCCCAACAUGCCCCAGAUGCACGUGGUGGACCACGUGAAGGGGCAGCCAACGCCGGAGCAGCGCAAUGUCCUGGUGGAAAGCGCCAGGAUAGCCAGAGGCAACAUCAAGGACCUGGCCACGCUGGAUGUCAAGGGGCUGGAUGCCCUCAUCAUUCCAGGUGGCUUUGGGGUGGCAAAAAACCUGAGCACUUGGGCCACGCAGGGCAAGGACUGCAGCAUCUCCAAAGAGGUGGAGGGCGUCCUGCGGGCGUUCCACGCUGCCCACAAACCCAUUGGGCUGUGCUGCAUCUCCCCAGUGCUGGCAGCCAAAAUCUUCCCGGGCUGUGAGGUGACCGUGGGACACGACACGGAGUGUGAGCAGUGGCCUUAUGCCAAGACUGCCGAGGCCAUGAAGGAGCUGGGCUGCAGGCACGUGAACAGCCAGGUCACCGAGGUGCACGUGGACGCCAGGAACCGCCUGGUGACCACCAGCGCCUUCAUGUGCAACGCCCCCAUCCACCACAUCCACGACGGCGUCGGGAAAAUGGUGCGGGAGGUGCUCAGGCUGGCCUGAGCUCCCACGGGCAUCCCGCUCCUGCCUCCCUCUCACGUGGCAACAGGAAAAGUGACACCCAGCAGCUCUGCUCCCAGACCUCUGGUGGCUGCUGAGGGGGAGAAUCUCGUUGUGUUCUGCCCAGGACACACCACUCCCCGCAGGAGAUGGGCUGGGAGCUGCCCUGGGAUCGUAGAAUGGUUGGGUUGGGAGGGAUCCUAAAGCUCUUCUCGUUCCAGUCUCCUCCCACGGGCAGGGCCCCCUCCCACUGUCCCAGGCUGUUCCAGCCUGGCCUUGGGCACUGCCAGGGAUCCAGGGGCAGCCACAGCUGCUCUGGGCACCUGUGCCAGGGCCUGCCCACUCUCCCAGGGAGCAAUUCCAUGCCAACAUCCCAUCCAUCCCUGCCCUCCCUCAGCUUGAGGCCAGGCUCCCACAGGGCUCAGGGUCAGCUGCUCCCCAGCCCCUCCCUCAGAGCAGUGAAGGGGAAGGAACCCAGUUCUGCUACCAAAUAAAACCUGAUGCUUCUACUGAA